AUGUCAUUGCCCGGACAGAGAUUUAUCUUCGACACAUUAUUAUUGGCAAUGGUACCAGAGGCUGAGCGCCAGCAGCUCAGUGGAGCCGCCGCCGCCGCCGCCGCCUCGCCUGCUCCGCGCCGCUCUGCGCCCACAGCCCUCAGUGGCACCGCGCCGCGCCGCGCCGUUCGAGGUGCAGCCCGCGGGCCGAUGCGUAUCUCCACGCGUGUAAUUGCGGAGCGCUUGGCUGCGGGCGGCCCCCGAGUUGUGUACCCACCCUCCGCCCGCCCUCAGCAGGCCGUCCUCCUGCCUUCCGCCCGAUCUUCUCCAGCCCUCAUCCGCCCGCCCUCUCCCGCGCCUCCGCCCACCAUCCGGCUGCCCUCCGUCCGACCUCCGCCCGCCAUCGGCCCACCCUCCUCCAGUCCACUGCCCUCAGUGGGCCCUCUGCCUGCCUUCCGCACGCCUUCAGCCCGCCACUGCCCGCCAUCACGUGUCAGAGCGCUCACAGUUUUUUGGUGGACGUUCUUUGGGCUUUUGGAGACUCGAUGGAGAGUGGCGGAGGCGCGCUGCGACGAAUUUGACGUCGUGUUGGACAUUGGUAGACAGUACAGGCCUAAUGAUCAAGUAUUCAAGACAUUUUCCAUUAAUUGGCUCAGUAAAAGAAUAGGGGUAUCAAUUGAGAAAAUUAAUAUAUCAACAAAUGCAACAAGCAAGUGUAAACUAGAAUCCUUCCAGGAAGAUUAUGAAAUAAGAGAGAGUGUCGAAAGGAAAAAGGAAAGGAAAGAAGAAAAGAAAAAAAAAAAAAGAAAAAAAAAGAAAGCCAUAUCCACAAUUCCAUAUCUCCUUGUUGAAAAUAAGCAGCAAAUCUAUGAACAGAAAUCUCGCUUUCCUCUUCCUGAUAUACUUGGCGAGUCCGCUCCCGGCCAAGCGGGCCUCACCUGCUGGGAGAAGGCCUUCAUGUGGUCGAGCACGGCGCGCACGUCGGGCAUGACGUCCUUGCCGCCGGUGGUGAUGGGCGUGGUGCCGCGGUGGCGCAGGGCGACGUGCAGCACGGCGCGGCCCUCGGUGAAGUUGAUGGGCGCGCCGCUGAACAUGGCGUCGCGCCGCGCCUCCACCUGCCGCGCCCGCGCCUGCGAAACAGUCGAGCGAUUCGCAUCGAGCACUACACAUCAGCUCAGGGGGAAAGGGCCAAGGGAGCAUUUUCACUACCUCAAUAAAUAA